ACAACAUAAAGGCAGCGUUCCGAGCUAAAAAACUUGCAAUUCAUGGCGUGGAGGAGUCGGCGGGGGCAGCUGCCGCCUUCUGAUAUCUGUGUGAGGUUAGGCGGCUGAGCAGCAGAUCAUGGUCUGAGCCCAGUGAUCAUCGAGCCGAAACGCGAAGCUGCUCUGAGUGUUGUCCUCUGUUUUUUCUUUUUUUUCUUUUUUUUUUCCCUUCCCCGUCUUCUUGCUCCUCUCCUCGGUGAAAUCUGACACAACAUCAGCGGCUUUCCUCUCGUUUGGAUGGCAGAUUCGGGCUAAGUGGCGUGGGUGUUUCGCAGUCCAACAGUAUCAGGAGAAGGGAAAGACUCGGCUCUCAGACUGCAGCGUUUCAGAUGCCUUCAACUUUGAACGAGAGGGACAACCCCUGAAACCCGGUUUUACACGAGGGACAGAGACACACAUACACACACACACACACACACACACACACAGAGACACACAUCUCCGUUAUCUUCCGCUGUAUGUAAAGGACGCGUCUCGGUAAAAGGUGAUCGGAGAACAGACGGGAACCAUGGCAGCUACUUUAUCGGCGGAUGAAGAGCAGGCUACCAGGCAGUUUCUGGAGGAGAUCAACAAGUGGACCAGUCAGCAUGGAGUGUCACCGCUGUCCAGGGAAUUGGCCGUCAAGUUCCUCAUGGCUCGCAAGUUUGAUGUCCUCCGAGCCAUUGAGCUAUUUCACAGCUACAGGGAAACGCGUCUUAAAGAAGGAAUCGUCAGACUUCAGCCUCAGGAGGAACCUCUGCGCUCAGAGCUGCUUAGUGGAAAGUUUACAGUGUUGAGUGUACGAGACCCUUCAGGGGCUUCCAUCGCUUUGUACACAGCUAAACUUCACCACCCCAACAAGACAGGCAACCACGUGGUGCUUCAGGCACUCUUCUACCUCCUGGAUCGGGCUGUGGAAAGCUUUGAGACCCAGAGGAAUGGCCUGGUGUUUAUCUACGACAUGGCAGGUUCCAACUACACAAACUUUGAGCUGGACCUGAGCAAGAAGAUCCUCAACUUGCUGAAGGGGGCGUUCCCUGCCAGGCUGAAGAAGGUGUUGAUUGUGGGGGCCCCUGUUUGGUUUCGAGUGCCCUACAAUCUGCUCAGCCUGCUUCUCAAGGAGAAACUUAGGGAGAGGGUUCAGAUGGUAAAAAUGACCGAGCUGCGCCAGCACCUUCCCAGAGACUGUCUCCCCCAGCACCUCGGUGGACUGCUGCCUCUGGAUGCAUACAGCUGGAACCAGCAGCUAUUGGCCGGCCAGAACGGCAGAGUGGACCCUGUGGAUGAGUUGGUGAGCAUCCCCUUGGAAGAUACUUCCAUUCACACCCCUGGACCCGAAUCCAUGCGCCCGCAGGAGCUGCUGGCACACCUCGGCAGGCUUCAGCGCUCAGGCAUCCAUCAGGAGUAUGAGGAGCUCCGUAAAGAACCGCCGUCCGGAACCUUCCACUGUGCACAAGCAGCCUGCAAUCAGGAGAGGAAUCGCUACGGAGACGUGCUGUGCCUUGAUCAAACAAGAGUUCGUUUGAAACCCAGAAAGAACGAGAGAUCAGACUACAUCAAUGCCAGCUUUAUGGACGGCUACAAACAGAAGAAUGCAUACAUUGGUACACAAGGACCACUGGAAAAGACCUACGGUGAUUUCUGGAGAAUGGUCUGGGAACAAAACGUGCUUGUUAUUGUCAUGACAACCAGGACAGACGAGGGUAGUCGGAGGAAAUGUGGACAGUAUUGGCCACUGGAUGAAGGGGGACAAGAGGUCUACGGCCACAUGGCAGUGGUGAACCAAAGGGUGGACCACCACACCCACUACAACCACACAACCCUUGAACUGCACAACACUGAGACAUGUGAACAGAGACAAGUGAGUCAUUUCCAGUACCUCAGCUGGCCCGAUUACGGCGUUCCCACCUCAGCUGUGACUCUUAUUGACUUCCUGGGAGCUGUGAAGAGACAACAGAGGAAAAUGGUGAAGGCUUUGGGACCUCAGUGGACAGGCCACCCACUGGGACCCCCGAUGGUCGUCCAUUGCAGUGCAGGGAUCGGGAGAACAGGUACCUUCUGUGCCCUGGACAUCUGUCUGUCCCAGCUACAGGACGUAGGCUCACUAAAUGUGUGCCAGACGGUGCAACGCAUGAGAACACAGAGAGCCUUCAGCAUUCAAACCCCAGACCAGUACUACUUCUGCUACAAUGCCAUUUUGGAGCACGCCCAAAGGCAGGGCCUGCUCCCAGCCAAUCAGUGAGCUUCAGCCCCGACUUCCCAAACCAAUCCAUGAGCCUUGAGAUUUCUGCAGUCAGUCUGUUAACCCCAAGCUGUGUUGUGUGACCAAUUAGUGAAUCCAGGAAAAUGACUUCCUCACAGAGGCUGUCAUUUGAAACUAGGCCAUUCUUCACUGGCAAGACCAAGACAAGACAGCGACAAUAAAAAGCUUGAGUGCUGACAUUAUGAUGUUUCAGUGUGAUAACAUUCUGGCUGCCAACAAUGUGACAUUUUGUUUUGGCCGAACAUAUCUCAGAAAAUAUGUGGCAGAGUGAACACACUGCUCCAGUGUUGUGCAGUUUCGUGCUCUGUGGUCAAGGGCAUUGGGUGAAAUGAUUGAGGUAAUGUUCAUUGACCUUUUUGUUUAUUUAUUUUCCACUUUAAGCCAAUGGUUUAGGGACCUUUUUAAAGGAGUAAUUCACCCCAAAAUAAAAAGUCAGUCAUUAUCCCACAUCAGUUAAAAAUCCAGAGUUUAAAAGGUUUUUUUUAUGACAACUAAACAAUAAAUUUGACUUUUAAUUGCAUUUCAUUCAGAUUCUCCAUGAAGGUUGAAGUUAGCGUUACUUUUCUUCAAACAGCUUCUGUAGAAAAGAAGCUCGUUUUUGUACCCAAAUUAAUUCCUCAUAGGCAUAAGUACUUCUUGUACACAAACAGCAUUUUGAGAUAAGUUAAAUGUAAUCAUUUAGAAACAGUUGAGAUGGGGCGACAGUGGGUGUUUCAAGUGACAAUCAAAAUGUAAGUUAUUGACACAAUUUAAAUUUUGGGGUGAAAUGGUCCUUUAACUAAGUACACCAUUUUUAUUCCACACGAGGAGCUUAAUCACACUCAAACACCAAUAAUAGGGUCGUUUUUGCACCUCCUGUGUCCAGUAAAUAUUGCGUUCACCGCAGUGGAUUUUUUUUUUUUUUUUAGCACAUGGUUACGUAGAUGGUACGAGCGAGUUCUGCGUCGUCUCAGGAGUGUCACACUGAGCACAGGAGGUGAAACUUCCCAAACUUGUUGGCAAAAACUGUUUAAUCAAAAGGUCUUUUGCCAUGACGUUGUUGUAUUUCUUUGAGGUGUCAUGAUGCAUUCUCCUCUCAGUGAAUAUCACUGAAUGUCAGUGAGGAGCAGCAAAGCACAUCCAGAAGUAUCAGGCUGUAAACUCCUAAAUGGCUGUUAUGUCCCGUCUGUGAUCACUCAUUAAACUGCUGUCCAUGUGAAUUCCUAUUUAGUUUUUUUGUUGUGUUUUUCCAGUGUAUCCACUGAAACCCAUAUACCUUCCAUCUCACCUAAGUAUUGACUUGCAGUACAGACAGUGACCAGUGUCUGUGGCUGCCUUUGCUCACUAGCAGUGCCAUCGUGCUUUAGCGAUUGUGGGAAUGUAUUGCUAAACCACACCCACACAGAUACACACGUUUAGAGCAGUCCAUGCUGCAUUGACUAAGCCAUUGAAACAUAAAUCUGUGUAAGUCAUCAGUUAAGACCUCAUGAGUAGUGCAAUACUUUUUUUUUUUACACAAAUCACGUCUUAGCACUUUUUUUUUAGUAACUAUUCCCACUGUGCUCUGAGAUUAGUCAUUACAGCGAUAGGAUGGGAUGACAAAUAAAACUUAAUAGUAAUUCUGUAGGUCUACACGUGAUGCUGGGAUAACUUGAUUGUUAUUGUUAAAUUUAGUGACGCUUAAAUAUAAAACAUGUAGUGACAUUUUGGACUUACUGUAAACGUCUGCAUAGAGCUUUAUUGGGACAAAUCAAGAGGAUUUUACAGGGAAACCAGAAAUUAAUGAUAGAAUAGCUGAAUAAGCAUGCACAAAUCUGUACCUACGCCCUAUAAAGUCCUUCUUGGGCACUUGAGAGUCAGAAAUUUUGUCUGAAGUAUAUUUUCAUUAUUCUUGUGUUACUUUAAGUUCUACAGACUGUGGUUGUAAUCAGUGCUUUCAUCUGGUCCCAGUGUCUUGCCAUUAUUAUAGAGUACAUGUACAAAUACUGAGCAUCUGUGUGUCAUAUGCUGCAUUAUGUUGUUGCCGGGUGAAAAAAACAAAAACAAAAAAAUGUGUUCUUUACUACAGAAUUCAUAUUGAAUUUGCUUGUAGUGAAGCAUUUUUUUUAAGUCUGCCAUCCUCAUGCACUCUGAUUUUAGAAUUAUUUUUCCUUUCUAUGAUGGACGCAAAAUGUGCCCUAUUUUAUUUUUCUAUUGUAUUCAACAACUGUUUUCAUACAAUUACCCAGGAUUAUACAGUUAUCUACAUUAAUUUUAUAUUUGUUCUGUUAUAACCUAUUACUUUUAUCAUUCGUAUGACUAUUGAAUCAAGCUAUACUGUAUUAAAAUACAAACCAUGUCAACAUG